AUGCGGAUUGGCGGGGCGGUGGAUCCAGUGUACAAUGAGUACAUAACCACGCUGGGAGACGAUAUGAAGGGUUUGGCUGACGAGUUCAAGGCGUUAGGUCUGGCUACCAACAGCGUGCAGGUCCACACGACGGUGGCCAUUCCGCGCACAAGAGGCGGCGAGCUGGUGGCCAAAGGGACAUUUGUGAAGGCGUUGCCCCGAGAGAGGUGGUAUUCGGACAUGGCGCUGCUCAAUGACAAGGGUGGGGACUGCUGCAACCUCACGGGAUGUACGCAGCUGCACAAGACAGUGGAGGAUGUGAGGUUCUUGGUGGUGGAGCUGAAAAGCCUGCAGAGAGUGGUGCACGUGUGCCCUUCGUACAGCAACAAAAAGGCCCUGCUUGCUACCGCACAUCCGGAUGACGUGUUCUGCUUCCACGAGAUGAAUUUUCUUCCCAACCGGCUGCCGAAGUCGUACAUUCCGGAUAAGCGCAAUGUGGUGGAGCGUAUCAGCGUCGGCAUCCUCUACAACGCGACGGGGAGUUGUUCCGCAGUGCCUCUUGUGGUGCUAGAGCCAUCCAAUAGGCCCGAGCGCCGGCGGGCGAGCGCCGCAUCGCGCAAGGUGGUUGACGCCGGAGUCAUCAACAUUCGUGGAUCGGUUCCGGAGAUGGGCCUACCGCACCUGCAGGGAGUGGGUGAUGCGCUGAAGGCGUAUUACCGCGUUGUGCUGAUGAGGCGUGCGAUAGGGUCCAAGUGGUUCCAGUUCGACUAUUCGGCUUCCAUCGCUGAUGUCGACUAUAACGACAUACUCAAGUGGCUGGGAGAAGCGUGGACUCGUGUGCGCGCGGCUACCAUGCAGCGGAGCUGGUGGCGCGCAGGAUGCGUGCCGGCGAGCUGGCCGCCCCUGAUGGCAUACCUGGGUGACACGUGCGCAACCGGCAUGUUCGAGCCUAUUAUUUCGGUAUGCGUCAAUUUGCAGUUGCUCAUCGAGAAGUUCAAGGUAAGGCCUGCGUGCUACAUGACGGCGUCGUAUUUUAUCAACUGCAACGCAGGACUAUGCGUGGAACAGGGAUUCAGAGCCACACAUGCUGCCAGCGCGUCCGAUGACUUGUCGGGCGACAUGAGCCUGCCAGACGGCCCAUUGCUGCGGGACGAGCGCAGCAGUAGGCGUGUGAUACGCAACGUCACAAAUGCGUACGUGGAGCGUGCCGAUGAGCUCGGCAUCCCCCUGGCGGCUGUGUCAGCAAAGGUCGGAGCAUCGAACCAGGAGGUGAUUUCCCGCCUAUGCAGGACGCCUGUCAAGAGGGCUCGCGCAGGGGGGCGAGCUGAGAACGGGACAGCCGAAGAAGUGCUGCACAGUGAUGAAGUGCUGGAGAGUGAUGACGACCAGUGA